AUGGACAACGCUACAUACAGCUAUUCGUCCGACUGCACCCCACUCACCAACUGCAAGUCGGCACGCAAGCCAGCAGGGUCCACGGUGGUGAAUAUGGGCCACGCAGGCAAGAAGCCACCCAAUGAUUAUUUGGUCUGGUCUCUGUGCAACACCUUGUAUGUUAACUUCUGCUGCCUGGGUUUCAUGGCCCUCAUCUAUUCCAUUAAGGCUCGAGACCAGAAAACCCUUGGGGACAUGCGAGCAGCACAGGAGUGCUCUGACAAGGCAAAGUGGUACAACAUCCUUGCCUCGGGUUGGAACCUAGUGGUGCCUCUGUUGGUGCUAGGACUCCUGGUGCUACUUCUGGUCCACCUGGGGAGCAUGGAGGGCUCUUUUGACUUCUUUGGGGAGGAUGGCUUCCAGAGCUUCAUGAAGCUCUUCAGCAGGUAG